AUGGCAAGUGAAGGCAUUAGUAGUGUGUCCAUUUGGGUCAAAUUUAAUGGAGUUCCAUUAGAGUUUUGGACUGCUAAAGGGUUGAGCUAUGUUGCGAGCGCUAUUGGGAAACCUCUCUACAUGGAUAAUAUCAUGGAUACGGGGGAUAGAUUGGAGUAUGCAAGAGUUUGUGUUGAGAUUGACACAGCUUCUUCAUUCCCGAAUUCAGUGGAACUAGGCCUCCUGAAUGGAAUGUCACUUACUCAAGUAUGGCGAAUGGUGACUAAGAGGAAGGAGAAUGUGUUAAAGGACGUAGUUGUGCAAGCGGAGAAUGUGGGCAAGAGCUCUAGCCGCAAAAAAGAGCAGCCUAUUAAUAAGUCGAGAGUCAUGGUUAGUAAAACAAAACCCUCCACUAAUCAAUUUGUGGUUCUUAGUUCAGGCAAUAGGCUGGAUAAUUGGGAACUAGAUGGCGAAGAGGGUAGUGAGAAUGUCGAAGAUAGGUUUGGAAAAGAUAAGGAUGAAAUGAGUGGGGUAAAUGUUCCUAGGGGGGCUGAUCUUAACAGGGGCAAUAAUCGAGGUGCGCGUGAUGAUUGGGGUAAGUGUGUUAAGGGGAAUGAAUAUGGGGUAAGUAUUCCUAACAUAGAAGAGAGGAGAUUGGAAGUAAGCAAAAGGUUGAAUGCUCUGAGUGCUGGUGACAACGGUAGAGAAGUAACCCCACCUAGGGUUCCCUUGGUGGAAAACAAUGAGGGGUGUGAAAUGGGGUCUACUUCACUAGCUAUUGUGAGAUUCGGAAAUUUGAUUCGAGUAGAUGAAAAGGAAGGUCUUAAGGAGGGGAACAUAAGUCUUUCUAAAAGCCAAAGGAGGAGAUUAGCCAAGAAGGCGAGGGAAGUUCCUAGCGCCCAGCCGUCCCAUGAUUAA